UUUUACUUUUUUUUUUUUUAAUUUUUUGCUAACCCUCGGUGAAGUAUGGGCAAAUGAAGACACCAAGAGGCAACUGAUAAGGCAAAAGGGGUGUUUGUGGAGAAAGCAGCAGAUGGCGUCCCUCUGCCUAAUACAUUCUCUUCCAUCAUCAUCUGCAUCAUCGUGGAAAUCGGUUGGUCGGAAGCAAGUAACAAGAGCGUGUGCUAAUAAUAACUGCCAACCCAAUUCCUUUUUCCUCAGUCCCUCUGAUGAGCGUAUUCUAAAGAAAGCUCUCAAGGAGCCUGUUGCUUUCAUGGGAGGGAUGUUUGCAGGAGUUCUGCGGUUAGAUUUGAAUGAAGAUCCACUCAAGGAAUGGGUUACAAGGACUGUGGAAGCCUCUGGGUUUGUAACAGAUGAGGAUGAACUUGACCCUCAACCACAAGAGGUUCCCCAGCAGAUAGAGAUUGAAUGAACCCUUGGUCAUGUCUGAAUUAAACCCUACCCUACUUCACACACACACCAUAUAUACUCUGCUACUCAACUUAAAUGCUGGUGUGGAAGUGUACAUGUGUUUGUUCAACUAAGACCUCCAAUGAAUAUGAUUAAAUGAUAUAAAAGAUUCAUUUUGGGCGA